AUGAGCCGGGAUGUUGAAUAUUUGGCGGCAAUGAAGAAGAUUUGGGAUGCUGUGGGGAAGAUGUGGCAACCAGCUGACAUCCUCACGGGUAAAGGCCGCCAGAUGUGUCAAACAUGGGCCGUCCGCGCAUCGCACCCUGAGUACCCAUAUGCACUGCACUUGUUAUCGAUGAUGGCACCUUUGACGAACGGAGCUGCUGUGCAGAUUUUUCCCACGGCAAGCAGUCCUUUGGUUGCCUUUGGAAUCAACGUGAACUAUUCACAAACACGAAAGAGCUCAUGCACCAGCCAUGCUGACAGCAUCACCAGGGUGUUGGAUUCCCAUGUCCGGCAAAAGACUCAAACCUUCUUGAACCAGAUGUCAGUGGAACAAGAUUUCACGCAUGAUGAAAGCACUGCUGCUGGUCAGAGGCCCAAACCGGUUGCGGCUGUGGUGCUAUCAUCCGCCAUCGCAAGCGCAACCCCUGAGGAGUGGUUUCAUAGAUGCGCAAGUGACUUUGACCAGGUCAAGAAUGGAAGCAAGUUGCCAGGUGGGCCACAUCUCUGGCACGGCCGCUGGUGGUAUGGAGUGCUUGGGAACCUCGACGAAGCGUAUGAUUUUCUCACCUCUUUUGGUUUGCUGUCUGAUGAGAAGCUUUCAGCCAAAGCAUCCACCAAGAUUAGCCCGCAUCAAUCCUCUCUCAACAAACUUUUGCAGUUUGGCUCCGCGGCAAGAGCAACCAAGACGGCGGGUUCAUUUGGCGAAACAGAUUCCCGGAACAUCUCGCUAGGGACACCCAGACAUGUUUGGGUACCUUUGCCGGUGGAAGUGGCCGAAAUGCUCGGCGUCGCCAAAGAGGCUACUUCUCCAGCAGCUGCCCAAGCUGAAUGGAAGGAAACCUUUCCUGGCGAGAUGCCGCCAGAGCUCCCUGCCACGCAAGACUUUGCAGCCGACUACUUGCCAUCUUCCGCGGGCUAUCCUGUCCGCCUGCUUGACGGCAACAUGAGCCGCCUGCGAUUCCGCAGGGAUCCCAGGGUGCCGUCUGGCUUCACCGCUGAAUGGCGUGUGGCCAACAGAGCUUUUCCUGUGCCUCCUGAAUUCCUAUUUGAAGCGGCAGUCCUGCGGGUCACGGAAUAUUUUUCCGUGCCACAUAUGAAACUUGAUCUCACUCCCGAAGCCCAGCAAACGCACAUGUCCUACCAGGGUGGAUUGAAUGUGCAGUCCCACAUGGCCCGGGAACGUCGCCUCGGCGCUGCGCCGUGGCACAUCGGCGUUUUGGCCGGGCUGCUGCUGGUCUACGAAAUCUUCUCAGGAGUCUACAGCGCCGACCGCUUGCAGCAGAAAGAUUUGCAGGUGCAUACAAUCAAGGACAUUGCCUUGGGCGAAGAAGCUGCCAGUCCCAACCCCCAGCCGCAGCCAGCAAGAGUGCAACCUGACUUCGAUGCCUUGGUUGGGGCAGAUCCACUUCCCUUUCCCGGCGGAGAUUUUGCAGACUCCAUAGUCGACGAUGCGGCUGCAAGUCACAGCCCCGAACUUCCGCCCGAGACUGAGCCGCUCCGGGUUGCCGACGUUCGCUCCAUCGAGUUUGGGUAUGGCCCGGAUGACGCUUCAGUGCAGAGUGCUUUUCACGCGAAGCAUUUGACUGAUCGCUUCAUCAUGAAGGCUACGCUUCUACAUGGGCAUCCCAAGGUAACUUCGAAAACUAUUUGCGACAAGUUGCGCUCCUCCAGAGAAUCCGGUCGAAAGGCCUUACCGCGAGAGAACUGGGUGGCCGUGAUGGAAGCUUGCGCUGGUUCUCCCAUCCUUGACUUCCAAGACGACACCCUCCAACUUCGUGCUAUACCGCAAGAUGCACCAAGGCGGACAUUCUACCACAAUGAGCUGAUGAAGUUGUGCGGA